AUGUACACUGUGGGGCUCCUAUUGCUAGGAAUUGUAUCAGUGUCGGUGAAGUGGAUGGUUCGUUCAGAGAAUGGGGGUCUCUUGAAUGUCAUAUUUCAAAUCAAGAGCCAAAAUCCAACUCACUUUCAACUUGCCUCAACAUCGGACUUUGCAUUUUACAAAAAUUUGAUUCUAUUCAAACCUCAAUCUCUCCCACUACUUGAUGCUAUUCCAGAGGAACUGGGGGGUGGGCAAAAGGGUGUGAAGCAUUCCCACGACAAUCCCAAUCUCGAGGCUAUUACUCUGUGGUUGACGAUCGGCUCUUUUUCGCUCCUUUGCAUUUCACUUUUCUUGGCGCUGAUGAGGCCUUGCUGUCGUAGUCACCAGGGGGAAGAGGAGGUGGACUCUGUGGAAUUGGCAAGACAAAGAAAUCAGUCCUCGAGAAAAAUUCUAAUUGGAGCAUCAAUUUGCAUCAUUCCUGGCCUACUAUGUCUCCUGUUCUUUUACUUCUCAAGUAUGAAUCUGCUGAUUGAGGCUCUGGGUACUAGCCCACGAAAUCAGACAAAUGGAUCAGAUUCCGUGUCUAUCGCCCUAUUUGAUGUGCUCAAAAGUACACACAGACAUGUUGACUCCUUUUUACAAGAGAGCGUUAAAUCCGGAGACGAUUUCAUUCACAACGACAUACCGAAAUUAUUAAAAUCAAUAGGAGUAAGUCAGGCUAUUGCCAAUCUCUUGAAUCCUAUCAUGUGUGGCUGA